CAAAGAGAAAGUUCAUCUGAUAAACGUUUUCCGAUAAAGCAUAGAGGAGAAUCGAAGAUACAGGAACGGAUGAAAAGCCUCUGCAGUUACGUAAGGUUGCUACGCUAAAUUCAUAUCUUCUGAGAUGGAAAGCUCCAGUCCAACUUUAGCUUCAAAUUCAUCAGCGUUAAGAUCAGGCUGCGAUGAAUGGUUGGACACUAUCUUUCUUGUGUUGGACGGAUUGCUAUCUGGCGUCAUUGUAUCCGGCAAUGGCGUAGCAUGUUUUAUUUUCUUAAAAAACACUCGUUUUAGAAGCUGUUUUAUGAACACUUUUCUCGUAAGUUUGGCUGUCGCAGAUAUUCUAAUGGCUGUGUUCGUGAUGCCGGGUGAAAUCAUCUUUUGCACGGGUUGUAGCCGACCAGUUAGCGAACACUGCUGGCUAAUCGGUUCCGUGAGGUAUUUUGUUUUUGCGGCAGCGAAACUCAAUCUGCUCGCCAUUACCUACGACAGAUACACAGCGGUGAUGAGUCCUUUAAAGUACAACGCUAAAAUCAACUUUAAGAAAGUCAUCUUGAUUCUUACGAUGGUCUGGACGUUUCCCAUGAUUUUACCACUUAGCCGUUUAGUUUGGUGGAUGAGGCUACCCAAGAAUCAAGCUUCAAACACGGACCGUAUCUUUAACUCAGGCCUGGUUUUCUCGUUGGUUAUUUUUCCAGUUGCCGUGCUUUUAGUCGCAAAUCUGAGAAUUGUAUUGGAAAUCAGAAAACAGCAUCGUCGAGUUGGUACAAUGAAUAGUGCAAGCAUGACAGAGACUUGCUCAAGUAUAAACAAUGCAAGAAAUGAUCAUGAAAACAGGCUGAAAACAUCGCGUCAGGCGGGAAGAAAGGGAACAACGGCUUGUGUCCUCGUGGUGUUCAUUUUUGUGAUGUGCUGGUUUCCAAGGGGAUUGUAUAAUGUUUUCAGACUGUUUGGCAAAGAAGAGGGGCCGUUGUUGAAUAAACUAGGCCUGUUCUUUCUGUUUGUUCAGUCAGCCAUCAAUCCUUUCGUAUAUUCUUUUUACAGGGCAGAUUUUCGACGAGCUUUGAUAAAACUUCUACGAUGUCGUUAGUCUUGACUCGUCCACAAUCUCCUUCACAGCUGCUAACUCGGUUGACAUGGAAGAGGGAGUUAAUUGAGGCGUUAGGGAUACAAGUUAUUACCCCCUGUAGCCCUCAACACAUAUGAUUCUGUACGAGUUGUUAAGGCAAAAGGGUAGCUGACGGAAAGUUUACUCUUUGCCGAGGAUACGUUAACCUAGGCUGUCCUAGAGGCACGUUAAAAAAGGUAAAAUAGAAACUUAGAUAAAGUAAAGAUGUUGUAGAAUUGAGACAUUGACUCUGAACACGCAGCUUUUGUUUGGUUGAUUAAUUCUCGGUACGUUUCCAUAUUUAAAAAUUUGUCAUGCAUGCUUCAUGGCCGGUUUCCCCAGGCAUUUUUAGCUUUGAUUAAUGACGCCUCAAUAUCUAGCCAGCCUAAGGGCAACUGUAUUGCGAAUGCUUCCAUGCAAGAAUCAUCUACUGAAAGAUAACACUUCGGCCGGACUUCCUGACAUUAGUACUAAAAAAAGAAAGGCGGCGCUAUAGAGACAAUUAAAUGGCACCGUUCUGACAAGACUAAGUGGUUAGCUGUUCGGGGGCUAUUAUCUGAUGUGUCUGUGAAUAAUACUUAUCAGCCAUGAGUAGGUGGUGGAACAUCCAAGAGAAUACUCGAUCCGAGACGUCUAUUGCUAGAAGCUCUUUGGCGUGCCUUGAUUGGGAACCAUAAGAUUCUGUUCCCUUGUCAGCGAUGCCAACAGAAAAAGUCAAAACUAAUACCAAAUACCAGAAGCAAAUUGACAAAUCGUUUGCGGUUAUAUAUCACAAUUUAAAACGGAUACAGGAUGCCAAGCCAACGGAGGCGGGAGAACUCGAAAUUACGGACCCUGGUUCGUCGCUACAGUGUAGGAAAAACCGUUCGUAUUCUUCGCCACCAGAAAGGACUUUCGUAAGUACGGAACAAACAUCUUGGGCGAAGACACACCAAAACCCAACUCACUCCAUAGUAAAACAAAGAUCUAUUUCCUCAACGCAAAGUUGUAAAAGAGAGAGUCUAAAGAACAGAAGAGUGAGUUUUUCAGUGGAUGCACUUACCAGUUUUCAGUAGUGUUACAAAUGGCGCAAGGCCUCACCAGACAAGAAUCGAAACUUCCAAAUAAUGUUAUACUCCGUUCACUCAUUAACGGAAUGCACUGAAGGUCCGUCCGUGAUUAAGGGUUUAUCAGCCUUUCAUCCAUCAUAGCUGUCAGGCGGUCGCUAUUUUCUAGUAACUUAAUGAAAGAGUGUGUCUUCUAAAGGUCUGUUAUCAUAAUCGGGAUACUAUUGUAGAAAUAUACGCAAAGAAUAAGUAGUCUUUUCACUGUUUCACGUACCUGUUUAAGGUUCUUGGUCAGAUAGGACCUCUGGAUAUUUGAAGACGGUAGAUACGCUUUCUGUCUUUUAGUAUAUUCUGCCUUUCUUUAAUGUAUAAAUCGCUGCCAACUUUUGGAGGGUCACAUCUUAUGCAGGCUCAAUAACUUUAACUCUACGGUGCAGAUUAUCUUUGCAUCGUCAUUACCGCAACGUUACUGCCGUUAUGUAAUUCAUGCCUGUAGUGUAUUUUUACUCGAUAAAAUUCUCAGUGCCAGAAGAAAACCAGCUAUUUUCACUUUGCUCAGAAUUUUGCGAUCGUCAGUUAAAAAUUCUUGUCGAAUUAUACGGAGCAAAAGAUUCAAGGAGGAAACUUGAAGGAACGAAACGGUACAUGAUGAAUGUGUUUGUCAAAUACACCUGGCUCAGAAGCAAACUUCACCCCUCAAGGCGGACCAACAAGAUUGUGAAAGCACGAUUCAUCAAGGAAAAGCAAUCAUUUUCAAGCCUAUCUUUUUCGGAGGCCACUUUUUGACAGAAAUCUACAUUCUAUUGCGAACUUCUAAUGAAAAUUCAAGUAUUGUUAGCAAGCCACGAGUUUGUUUUGACUCCUCAGAGAUCAAUUAAAAAAGUGUGUGUUUAUUUAGUCAUUUUUUUUUUUUUUUUUCGGAUUAUGAUUUUUAUUUUAACACCUGGAUAAAUGUUGUUCGUAUGAACGACUGAUAAAUCUAAUUAUUUUGAUUUCAAGAAGCACAAUGUACUAAAUACAAACUUGAAAAUGAA